UCUAUAUAUACACCCUCACGCUGAGUAGAUGUUUUGAUGAGGUUAUGGAGCUUUGAGGCACGACCCGCACCCACCUGCAAAGGACACCAGAACGCGAGUGGCGUGGUCACCAGAGAAUUUUUGAUCGACAUGUUGAUUGCAGUCAAGGAGAUAUUUUGUGUACGGCUUCUCCACAUCAAUGGCAAAAAUGGGAGAACAGAAUGUAAGAUGAAACCCCCAAGAACUCCAACUCCAACACCGAGGAGAGCGCUGCCGUAAUGUUGGGGACGACCACCGCCGCCGUCCUGGGGAAUGCAAAAGGAGCAUUGGCUGCACGACCGGGAUCUCCCACCUCGGAAUGCUGCAGGCCUUGUUGUGUUUGGUCCGUGGCAAGACUGCCAACGCGCAGAAGUGGGGCCCUUUGCAGCACGGCGCGGUUCAUCUUAGCGAAAGAACACGAUGUCUUCAAAAUCCGAUCUUCUAGUUUUUCCUUGUUCCCCGCUAGGAUCGCGUUGCUAUCAUCUGCUGCCAGGUGGUUUUCCAUGACUUCGCUCGUUCACAGCAACGCUCGCCACUACUACCGCACCCGGGAACAGGACCGCGCGUCGUUUGUGAAGACUGAGCUGCCUCUGCGGGGGCUGGACGCUUUCGAGUACUACCUGAAUUGCCUGUUCCGCAACCCGUUUUGGCCGGUGGUGUAUAGUGUGACCGCUUUGCUCCUCCACUACUUUUCGGACGAUUUGAUCGACGAAUACAAGCUGUGGCGGAUCUGGUUCCGCCAGAAAGUGUUUGUGGAAUACGAACUGGACCAGACGUGGCUCGUCGUGUAUUGGAGGCGGGAGAUCUUUCCCUUCCUCGACAGAACCUCCCGCGAGGGGUUCGACGCUUGUCGAAGACUCAUUUGCGGCGGAGAUAGAGCGUCUACUGAUGAAAUGAUAAGCGAGGCCGAACGUGCGGAGAGGCUGUAUGAGGAAAAGCUGCUGCGUCUGCAUCAAAACCUGAGGGACGAACGGCAGGGUGGAGGCACGGAAAAGGGACGAUAGAAGUAGCGCUGCGGAGGCCCCCUUCUUGGCCUUGCGAGGGCAGCGAUGCUGGUGUAAUUGCGAAGGCGACUUCAAAUAAAAGUUUCGUGGCUUGCGGUUUUUUUUGCUGCUAGUAGCACGAAAAAUCGCACAAGCGGCGAUGAUUGACGCAGGUUGUUGCUGCUUCGGCAGUCGCUUGCGCGGGCAGGAACGCAAUCGACACACGACAGAAAAAGCAAAUCUGGGCGAGACUACCCUUGCGGCUGUUGUAUCACCGCCGCAGGAGUUUCAGAACAGGAUGAAGACAAUAGCCCGUGGUCAGGGUGAUUCAGUGAAGACACAUGAAGUGGUGCUUGGCUGUUCUUCGGUAAA